AUGGAUAAAAUAGCGAAGCUAAUUUUUCUAUUCUCAGUUGCAAUCACAAUGGCACUGGUGAUGGGCAACAAGGAUGACGAUCCGCUGCGCCAUCUCUUCGGUGGACCGAACGUGUGGGGACCGCUGAUGAAGUGGAACCGGGCGGCGUCGGGCGAGGUUGCGAACGGUGGCAACAACCUGGAGUACACGGAAUACGACCAACCGGACACGGACGCCGAAGCCGGACAGCCGAUUGUGGUGAAGCGCUCCCAUACACGCCAGCCCGUCUGUGAGGUGCUGCUGAACAUUGUGUACGUCGGUAACGGUACGGACGGGUACGAGUAUCGUCCCAAUCACUAUGUCACCGAGUCAUGCCUUAGCUCGUACAACAGCUAUCAGAAUAAGUGUACCGAGACCGGCCUUUCCUGCACGCAGAUACGGCAGAAGAUCUACAUCACGCGUCGGAAGGCGACUGAAGACACGGAGACCAAAGCCGUCAACUGCUGGGAACAUGUGGCGCUCAGAGAGAUCGAUGCCGGCUGUGAGUGCAUGUGGCCGAAAGAGCAGAUCGGUGACAAGCAUUCCUACCGUUUGGGCAAAUAA